AUGCCCUCCGACGGCGAAUCGUCGAAUGAUCUUGACAACACCGCGCGUCCGACUCCCAGCCGCAGCUGCGAUCUCUGCAGGAAGAGGAAAGGUGUGAGCUCAUUCCAAGACGUCGCGGAGACCCACUUAUUCAAGUGCGCAGUGCGAUGUGAUGGACCCAACAAGGAAGGUGGUCAUUGCACGCUUUGCACCAACCUCAAGCUCACAUGCACCUAUCUCGAUCCCGUGAAGAAACGCGGCCCCAACAUGGAAGAAUUGCGGCAGGAAAUCCGCACGCUAAAAGCCAAACUGCGCUCGCUCUCCCUCUGUCCAGUGUGCUCUCGCUUGAUAAACGACUGGGAUAUCGGCCCGCCGCCGCCGGCAACACCCGUGCCAAAGCGCAGACGAAGCCGAGAAUCCCCUCUAGGAGAGGAGACUGAGAGCCGGGUCGAGGAUCCGCUCGGGUGCAUUAGUGAAGAACCCUCCGUGGACGGGCAGCGCGUCGAGAAGAUGUACUUUGGGCCUGUCAGUUCGAUGGCGCUGGCCCAUCUGGCUGUUGUGAAGAAGGGAAAACAUCAUGGGCGUCCCCAGUUCCAGACGCGAUCAUUCUGGGACGUUCAACCGUGGGAACGUCAUUCAUACACACAGUUUCCGGCAUACAAAUUCCCCGACCCGGAUCUCAUCUUCAAGCUCGUCUCUCUCUACUUCGCUCGUAUUCAGCCCACAUUUCAACUCUUGCAUCAACCGUCUUUCGAAGAACUGCUCGCUGAAGGGCGCCAAUACCGUGAUCCCCAGUUUGGAGCACUUCUGCUCGCUGUCCUAGCUGUCGCAUCCCGGCUUUCUGACGACGUCCGGGUUCUCUGCAACGGUUAUUCGCUCUUGUCCUCGGGCUGGCCAUUUUUCAGUCAAAUCCGUUCGCCACCCAUGAUACCGGGUCCCAGCGUACAUACCGUCCAGUCUUAUGCGUUGAUGGCCCUGUACUCGCUUGGGAUCUCGAUGCCCGAAUUAUCUUGGUUUUACAUUGGCUUGGCCACUCGUUUCUUGCAGCAUCGCGGCGAGCAUCAGCGCAAGCGAAAAAUGGAUCAAUUGAAUGAAUCAGAUGAGCAAUGGAACCGGGCGUUCUGGACGACAUUCAAUCUCGAUCGUGUGGUUAACUCCGUCUUCGGUCUCCCUACCGGGUUGCACCUGAAUGAAUGUGACGCCGAUCUGCCGCUCGAAAUGGACGACCAGUACUGGUCAAAAGGAUUCACACAGCCUGCAGCUGUUCCAUCGCGCCUGACGUUCUUUGCAUUGCAGGUCAGACUGAGCAUCGAUGAUGAGAUCCUCGGCGAUGCUAAUCGACUGUACACCAAGGCGAAAGCCACUCAAACUUCAGAAAUAAGAAAUGUGCAGGCUGUGAUCGAACAGCUCGACUUCGCUAUGCAAAGCUGGCUUGGAUCGGUUCCAGAGGAUUUACAGUGGAACAGCACACAUCCGGACCCGGACAGCGAAUUCUUUGACCAAGCAUGUUGCCUGCGCAUGGCAUUCCUAUAUGUGCAGUUGGUGAUUCAUCGACCGUACAUUCAUCGGGAGGAAGUAUCUGGGUCGCCGUCGCUGUCCAUCUGCAUGUCCACUGCCCGAGAUCUGAUCGAAGCAGCUGACGUUUGGAUCACAACGCGACAGCAGGCACCCGGAAUGUCAGGCAUCUUCACGCAUCAUGUGUUCUUCGCCGCGAUCAUGCUCAUCGUAACGCACAUCGGCGAUCAGCCAGACGAGAUGGCCCGGGACAGACCGUACAUCGACAAAACGCUAGGCAUCCUCGAAUUCGGUUCUGCUAGGUGGCAAUCCUCCGGCCGAUUCUGGGAUAUGAUCAGCGAGUUCAAGCACUACUUCCAGGAACCGACGCCUGAAGCCGAGAUAUCUACGACUUCUACUCAAGAUGUCGAUACCCAGACAUUCCUAUCAAGUCCCGCGUCCCGUGAUGCUCACCUUGAACCGGGUGCUUUUGUUGACUCGCAGACUCUGGAACAGAUGGUGGCCUCCGAUCCGGUGGGAUACACAUUGCCCUUCUAUGAUACCUGGAGUGAUCACGAAAUGGAUGAAUAUCAGCACCGAUCAGGCCUCGCGCAGUGGGAACAAAAUCUGAAUUCCACCCGGGACCAUUGGGACCAAAUCUGGCUCGCAUACGAGCCCAUCAACACCUCCGCUUUCUAUUAAUGACUCGUUUCCUCAAUCCUGCGCGACUUCCGAGAUGUUUAUCCGGCUCGGACGACGCCCAUAGUUAUACACCUGAUCGUGUUGCCAAGUCACAAACUUGAGUGAUCAUACCACGUGAAUUGAGCUUCAGAUUCCCAAAUCGGUGCGUGCCUGAAUAUAAGUGCGCGAAUGUAUGUGAGGUCAAUGGAUACAUUACAAAAUGGACUAUACAAAUGACUUCAAGAAAAGAUGCAACGACAACAAACGACGACAGCUCAGCCCACCACUCCCCCACACUACGAUGCGGGGGGCGGAGCCUGCGUCUGGGGCGGGCCCGUCCUCCUCAACGUCACAGGUUUGCCCUCAGCUGGUUUUAAGCGCUUGGCAAGAGACUCCGCAUCGCUCGAUGCUCCAUCAUGCGGCCGUUUCGCAGCACCGACAAGUGACAAGCCCGAUCCCUCGGCGCUUCCCUUGAUGCUCAAUUGCGCGGGAGCAGCUGCGUCGCCGCUGCCGCCGGCC